CCGUGCUGUAGCCGUUGCAGUUUUCAGAGGACGUGCGGCAUAUGCUCCAACUUUAUGCAGGGAGAAGCGCGUGAAGGACGGCGGCGCUGAGGCAGGCGGGAGGGAAGCAGGACCGCUGUGCGGGGUUCGGCCCCGAGCACCGCCUGCGGGCGGGCGGGCGCGCUCCGCCCCUCUCCGGGCAGCGCCGGCCGUGAGGCGGCGGCAGACAAGAUGGCGGCGCCGGCGGGGCUGAGGGCGCUGCGGCGGCUCUGCGGCGUCGCGCUCUUCGUGUCGCAGCUCUACGUCCUCUCCGGCCGCGCAGGAUCUUUGAUGGCCACGAAGCAUUCACAGCCACAGUCCUCGUUUGCAAAAAGCCUGACUUCAACAAGCACAAACGCUCCGUACUUCAGGGCAGCAGAAAGUACAGAAAUUCCAGCUUAUGUGACGAAAUGUCCAAGCAAUGGACUCUGCAGUAGAUUGCCACCAGACUGCAUGAUAUGUAACACAAAUUAUUCUUGCAUAUAUGGGAAGCCGGCCACUUUUGAUUGCAGAGUGAAACCACAUGUUCAUUGUGUUGAUCAGAAUAAUCACGAGCAGGAGAACUUUACAAUUAACAUGACGUGCCAGUUUUGCUGGCAGCUUCCAACAACUGACUACGUGUGCACCAAUUCUACAAACUGCAUGACGGUUUCUUGUCCACGGCAGCGAUACAAUGCCACUUGUACAGUGCGGGAUCACAUCCAUUGUCUGGGUAACAGAGUCUUUCCGAAGAUGCUGUAUUGCAACUGGACUGGAGGUUAUAAGUGGUCUACUGCCCUGGCACUAAGCAUCACCCUUGGUGGAUUUGGAGCAGAUCGUUUCUAUUUGGGCCAGUGGAGGGAAGGUCUGGGAAAACUCUUCAGCUUUGGUGGACUGGGAAUAUGGACACUGAUUGACGUGCUGCUAAUUGGCGUGGGCUAUGUGGGACCUGCAGAUGGCUCUCUUUAUAUUUAAAUGUAGUUGUAGUUUCCAAGGGGAGUAAUUGCUUGGAAAGGGCUCCCUAUAGAAGUGUGUAGGAGUCUGAGCCCUUAAGAUAGAAUAAAGAACAGUUGUUCUUUCAGUGUGGAUACAUUUUAAUGUACAGUAUCUGUACUUAGUUUGCCUUUAAAUAAGGUAAAACAAAAGGGUGGAUCACUAAGUUGAAAUUAAUUUCCCUUCAUUUAUGGAUGUGCUGUUCUUCUGAGAAAGGUUGAUUACCAAUA